AUGUCAGAAGGAGGAUCAAAUCCAUUCGAUAAUAAACCUGUGCUGCAGGCACCUGCCACGCCAAAGGAUACACCAAGAUCCCGGUAUGAUCAAUUUAGUACACCAACACAAUCGCCAAUGAUUAAGAUAUCAGAAUUAGAAGAACCAGAUACAUUAGGAUCACCAAGUCUUUCAGAUAUAAUGAUGCCUCCAAAUGCUCAAUUUACUGGUAAUCAUAAUAAAAGAAAUAGUUUGAAUUUUUCACCAGGACAUAAUUCAUCAGGUUCUUUUUCACAAGCUGGUAAUAGAACUUCACUUUAUAGUUUGGAUAAUAACUCAUCUUCAUCAUUUUUAAUACCUGGUGGAAACGUUCCAGGUAAUCGUUCUUCAAUUUCUAGCUUAAAAUAUGUUCCACCACCACCAGUACCACCUCGCAAUAGAUCUCCAACUAGAUCAUCAUCUCCAAUCAGAAGUCGUUCACCUUCACCAAAGAAAUAUCAACCUUUUAAUUUUAGAUCAACAAAUUUAUCAACACCUUCUUCAGUUAACAAUGCAAGAGCUUCUCAUAGAAAAGGUCAUAGAUAUAAACAUUCUUCAGUUUCAAUGAAUUUUUUCCAAGAACCUAAAGCUAGAGCACCUUUGAAAAUUGCAAUUUCAUUCCCAAUACCAACUAUUAAUGAAUUUUUCAAUAGUUGUAAUCAACAACAAAAGCAAAAAUUAAUAUGGUCAUUUGCUCAUUUAUUAACUUCAUUAAUUAUAUUCCUGGUUGGAUUUAAAUAUUCAUUAACUUCAUUUUCCACUUUAAGUCAUUUAAUUUUUUAUGAUUCAUUAGGAAGUCUUACAGUGGUUUUCGUUGAUAUAAUGACAAAUUUUGAUGUAUGGAGUAAAAGUUCCAUGAAAUAUCCCUUUGGUUUGGGGAGAAUUGAAGUUCUUGCUGGAUUUGCCUUAUCAAUAUCAUUAAUCUUUGUUGGAUGUGAUUUAAUUAGUCAUUUUAUUGAAGAAUUUAUGAUUUCAUUUUUUGAUGAUAAUAACUCAACUAGUCAUGAUCAUAGUUCAGGUCAUAAUCAUCAUCAUAAAUCAUCAUCUUUAGAUAUAAAUAUUUUCACUUAUGAAUUUUUCAUAAUAUUUGCAGCUAUAACUACAUUAAUUUCAUCAAAUUUUAUUGUUGUUAAAGAUAAUAUUAAUAAUAUGAUUAAAAAUUUUAAAUUUUUAAGCAAGACAAAUUUUAUAAAUAAUCCAACUCAUUUCAUAACAUUAUUAUUUACAAUUUAUUUAUCAUUAUACCCCGUUGUUAUUAAUAUUAAUUCUGAUUUUAAAAUUAAUGAAAUUUCAACUUUAUUUAUAUCCAUAUUAAUUUGUUAUAUUGGUUGGAAAAUUGUUAGUUAUUUAGGUUCAAUCUUAUUAUUAACUUAUCCUGGUACUAAAUCCCAAUUUAAUUCCAUAUCAAAUUUGAUUUCAGAUGAAAUUAAAUCAUUAAAUCAAUUUAAAUCAAAUUAUUCAAUUCAAAAUUUUGUUAUAUUUAGAGUUCAUUCAAAACUUUUAGUGGUAUUUAUUCAUAUUAAAAUGGUUGGUGGUUCUGAUGAUGAUGAAAUAUCUUUAAGAUAUCAAAUUAAUGAAAUUAUUAAAACCCAUAUUAAACAAACAGAUAUUGAAACUACAGUAGAUAUAGAUAGACUUUAA